AUGAAUGUCAUCCUGGGUUUGCCCUAUUUGUGGUUAUAUCGUUGCCAGCAAAAAUUUUUCAGUCAUUUGAAAGGACAGCUUUGUCAACGCUUAACAUUCAGCAGUCCAUAUAGUGAAAAAAUGUCGCCUGGUUUGAUUGAAAUUUUUAUGUUGUCUGACACAGGACGCAAAAUGAUUGAUAAAGUUGUUUCGUUUGACAAUCCGGAAAGAGUACCACCAUAUGAAGUAGGAACUAUUUCAAAGGUGACGAAACUGCUGCAUCUUUUGUUGCGCAGAAAAAUGGAUCGGGAAACGCUGAACCGAUUUUCACAAUCUCCAAGUGUUGUCUGUGUGAUACAAGGGAGACUGGAGAGAAGCGAGGGGUGUUAUUUCUUGCGAAAUAUAAUAUCGCAGAAAGGUUAA